ACAUGGCGUUGAAACCAAUUUUAGACUUGAAACAGUUCACUUUAUUUUUACAGGUUAUAUCACGGCCAGAAUAGCGCAAUGGCAGCAAACGGAUAUGUGAGAGGAGUGGCAGUAUUUGUGAGUUGUGGAUUUUCAUUUGUUUGACCCCGAUCCUACUGAACUUGGGCAGGAUUCGAACCAAAACUGCGACACACUUGUAAAGUGUGAAGAUGACCCUCGUGUCAGCGACGUUAACUUUGCAUAACUAAACAUGGAUAUUGCUCUUCAGUUAGGAAACCCAUAAAACAUCGAGUGCAAGGCAGAAAGGGCGUUGAUCUUGUAUGAAAGAGGAAGUUCAGCUGGGCUUUUUUAAUAUUGCGUUAACGCUGAGUAAUGAACAUGAGUGCAAAUGAAAUCGCAGUCGAUGACGGAAAAUCGAAUGAAACCCAAGUUAUGGAAGAGAAGGAGACCAGUGCGGACUGGAUUUCCCGCUUAUGCUAUGAACAUGGACUUUUUUGCGCUACGCAUCCAAAAUUGGUCAUAAUAUUCACUGCGAUGGUGGUUUUCUCUUGCAGUGCCCCUCUCCUCUCAGUACCACUGUUUGGAGGUUCAGCUGCUAUUGAAUGGAUAACUCUAAGUUCAUCUGGAGUUUAUGUUUCUGACAGCCAGGGUAAAACACCAAGGAUCUUACAGGGGAAUGACAAUACUAUACCAAGAUGGUUUGUAGGAGAUCCAGUGUUAUAUAUACAACAGUUUAUACUGAUGGCACAUGUGAGUCCUUGGAGACCACAUCUUCAGAAUAGUUUGGUUAUCAAGGAAGCACUAAAACCUGGCUUCAACAUCACAAAGCACAUCACCGAUUUUCAGCAUAAGCAGGGGAGUCACUUGGUAAAAUUGAAUGAUGUCUGUUUACAAGUGAGUUCUGGUCCCAGCAUUUCACAGUUUUCUGGCCUUGGAAUAAAUGAUCAAAGAUACCUUCCAACCAAAGGGUGCCUGUUGCUGUCACCGGCAAAUCUCUGGAACAGGAGCAGAGAGAGAUUUGAUCAAGAUGCUUCAGUUUUAGAUGACUUAUAUCUGGUUCCCAGGAGGACUCCUUUUAACAUUGGCCUCAAAGAGUACAUACUUGGUUUGCCACUCAAGGAAACUGGAAUCUUUCCCAGUUUGAAAACAGAUGGACCAAAUCAUGUCAUCCAGUAUGGAGUUACACUUGUAAUGUCAUCACACAACCCAAGGUACAUUGAUCAACUGAGCAAAGAGUUGAAGAAGGACUUUCCUCUGGCAUCUGCCACAGAAAAAGAUGAAAAUGUGAACAAAGAUGACAUCGUGCAUAUAUACUACAAGGGUGAAGACAGAGAGCUACUUGAGCUUGCCCCACUUUGUGUUACAUAUUUCAUUGUAUUUCUAUAUUUAGCAUUUUCUGUUGGAAAGAUAGAGAUGGUGAAAAGCAAAUGGGGUUUGGCAUUCAGUGCUGUGAUUUGUGUGAUAGCCUCUCUCAUCAUGGCCUCUGGGUUGUGCUCAUUCUUUGGCCUUGUUACCACUCUGGAUAGCAGUGAGAUUUUUCCAUAUCUUGUGAUUGUGGUUGGUGUGGAGAACAUCCUGGUGAUAACAAAGUCUGUGGUGUCAACUCCAGUGGACUUGGAGGUCAAGAUAAGAGUAGCCCAAGGGCUUAGCAGAGAAGGCUGGUAUAUUGUAAAGAAUCUUCUAACCGAGAUGACCGUUUUGUUAGCUGGCUUUUUUACUUUUGUCCCAGCUGUGCAGGAGUUUUGUUUUUUCGCCAUGGUAUGUCUGCUGUCAGACUUCUUUCUGCAGAUGGUUCUGUUUGUUACAGUCCUUUCCAUUGACAUCAGGAGAAUGGAGCUCUCGGAUCUUCAGAGGCAGCCAAUACAGGUCAGGCAGAGGAAUCCGUCAGAUGGAUCGCACCAAGCACAAACUCCUCCGUCACCAGUGCCAGGCUCCCCUCAAUCCGGACAACCAGUGCAGUUUUUCGGCCUGUUACCUCCCCUGCCGCAGUCGUCACUGAAUAAUCAGGGUGAUACCCCCAGGCAGUGUCCUGUCUUCUCUAGGAGAUUACCCAGGAGGCUUAAUUUUGCGUACUUUUGGGCAAGAACAAGAAUAGUACAGAAAGCUUGCAUGGUGUGCUUCAUUUGCUAUUUUGUGUACAUCUUGAAAUCUCCGGGCUUAGAUUCGGUGGAUACCUCCCGAGAUGUCCAGAGUUCAGUGAAUACAGAUGAGUUUACAAACAUCAAAGAUUCAUGGUUUGAUCACAAAGAGAGCAAGACAAGAUUCCCCGAAGGAAUGAACGAGAGUGGAAAUUUAUUAGGAUGGAAAGGCAAGAGAGAAUCCACAAGAAAGAAAAGACCAGGGUUUUCUUUCAAGUCUCCGUCAGUAGAGUUAUGGAGAGGUCUCUAUCAACGGCACUGGCCUCAGGUGUUAAGUUAUUACAACAUAAGUCUUCUGGGCAGGUAUGUGACAGUCUUACCGCCCGUACAUUUGGGAGUCAACAUUGAUACGGACAUUUUUGUCACAGACCUUCCAGUGGAUGGUGACCCGCUGUCAGCUACCAGUCAAGGGUUCUCAUCAGUAGAUGGCACAGGGAAACUCGAUCAUUCUUUCGACAGUGUACAGGAGACCACCCCCGCGGGAGGCUCCGUAGCUGACGAGGAGAUUCGAGAUGCGAGGUAUUACCACAACGCUUUGUCGUGUGUGGUACUUGGUGUUGUCGUCAUGAUAAUUCUCUUCUUCGUGUGUAAAUUUCUGAACGAUCUCCAAGUCAAUCCCAGUUCGCGACGAGGGAGGAGAGGAAGAGGCCACCGAUGUGAUGCACUGGUAGAGUGCGUACCCAUCACUCUUAGAGGGCACACGCAGAACGUGGAGCAUUUGAAAUGCACUGUAUCGUCCAUUGUCAGUGUUUGUUUAAGCGGCCAGAUAUGUGUUUGGGACAUCGCUACUGGAGAUUGUCUGAGGGUUAUAAACAGAAGGAGUCCAUUUCAAUCGGACGCCUCACCCAAGCCAAAACCAAAGCGUAAGAAAUCAAAGCAGAGGCGCAGCGUGGAUGCAGACAGUUCUUAUACAACACACCGGUCAAUGGACAACCUGUCGGCUUCUAAUGCGCGUGUCAGCCCCAGGCCUCCAUCGGACUUUGAAUAUGCAACCUUCUCCCCCUUCAAUGCGAAUGAGAAUUGUGCAGUUACAACAAAUGAAGUACGGCACUUAACAAAACCUGAAUCGAAGUUAAGAGAAAACGAGGUUGAAAAUUGCAACUGUUCGCGUGACCCAUCGCAUAUUUCAAGUGGAUGUCCAAAGUCAUCGGGGUACGACUUCAGUAAAUACGCAACCGACGUUGACACUUCCUUGUGGCCUUCACGAUUGAGUUCCAGAGGUUCCUUCACUAGUUCAUGGUCGAGCGCCGAUGGAGAUGAUGUGGGAUGGCCGUCGAGUUCCGAAGGAUCUUGUGAUGAACAAGUCAAGCCUGAGAUGCACGUGCACAGUGACAAUUACUAUGACGACCACUCUAACGGAGCCUCGGUGUGGUGUGUUGAUUGUAAGGAUGAUUUGAUGAUAAUCGGCUGUAGCGAUGGAACAAUUGAGAUAUGGAGUUUGUUAUCUGGAACGCAGGUUUGUGUUUCACGCGAGGGAAACAUUGGUGUAACAAAACUCAGCUUUUUACCGGGAAGUCCUCAGAUCGUUGCGGCCCGUUUGGAUGGCACUUUAGAGUUCUUAACCCUCGGGACUCCCUGCAGAGCCGACUUGACCAUGCCCCUUUUGGAGAGCUCCCCAAUAAAGCGUUCCUCGCCAAGGACUACCCGAAAAUUAAAUACCCAAUCAGGCAACGUUUCGAUGACACCACAAAGUAGAGACCCCGCGUCAAUUGGCGUCAAUGGCUCACACGCAUAUACUUCACCGGAGCCUCCACUGUGCAGGAUUAGUCACAAACUUAGGGCUCAUCAUCAGCCUAUUUGCGUAUUAGGUAUCAUGGCAGGCCGGGUCAUAACUGGAAGUCACGACAGGACACUCAAGGUGUUUCGGACUGACGAUUGUGUUUGUGUUUACACAUUACACGGCCAUGCAGACAGCAUCAGUACUCUUGCUGUGGAUACGACAAACAACCGUCAAGUGAUCAGCGGCGCUGCCAAUGGUGGUGUGCGUGUGUGGGAUGUAAUCAGCGGUGAAUGUCUGCAACACUUGCGUGGCCAUGUGAAGUCUGUGACCGCCGUCACCUGUACAGCUGAGCACUUGCUAAGUGUGAGCUUGGAAAGCGUGCUCUGUAUUUGGGAUCGACCGCGUGGCGAGUGUUUACAUCGACUGAAGCAGUUUCCAGAUCUCUGCUCGAACGUAGUUAUGUUGUCACGAACUCUAUUUAUCACCGGCGGCCAGGGACACAUCUCAGUUUGGGACGUUUUGACUGGGAGACGCGUGAAAACGGUUCUGCUCGGAAACGAUGACACUUCAGUGUUCGUUCGUUUCGUGAAUGUGUGUGAACACGCAACUGUCGUAUGUGAUUUCGGAAAGGAACUGAAAAUUGUGAAGUUUCCUGCAGUAAUGGACAAGGCAAAAUAAUGUGAAGCAAUAAAAUUAAAUAAAGCUAAUUUAGGUAGAGAGUUUAACAGUGUGACAUAAUUUAGAGGUAACGAAAUAUACCUAAGAAUUAUGAUAUACCAAAAGUGAGGUAAUAUAUCCCAAAAAUUAGCCAAAUGAGUUAAUUCAAACUUGAGCAUUUCGUGCGAUUAUUUUAAAAUAAAAAAAAUUUGCAGAAUUGAUGCUAGGGUAGACUUUGUGCGGUUACAUUUCCUGCACGGAAUGAUUUUAGUGCUAUGUUAAGAAAUAUUAACAGAGGGCUGAAGAAUUUAAUGUGCUCGUAAUUAUUCAAUUUCCCGAUUAAUCUCAUUGAAAGGAACUUUCACUCGAAAUUCCCCGAACUUCGUGAUUAUGCAAGUCUGAAAUGACCUCAUUGAUCACGCUAGAGGUUUGUAAACUUUUUCAAUGUUUCAAAACGGUAAAAACAAAUUGUUUCCUAUGUAUGGUAGACAGCGAUUUUUUAUGUUUUCUAAAAAACAGCGUCAACGUGCUGGAUAUUUAAUAGAAUGGUAAUACUAAAAUUAUAUUUUCAAAGUUAGAAUUCUGUUACAGGAAUGAUAGACGUGAUGCAAUCCUUCGUCGCGAUGAAUUUUAGCACUAACCAAAUUUCAUUUUAAGUAAUGGAUGUGCCAUGUUCUUGUGAUGUUUUCUUUCAUAAAAACUGAAACAAAAGUCUCUCAUUUCUAAUAAAAUACAAAAAUCACGCGA